AUGAAUAUAAAAAAUAAAUUAUUUAUAAUUUGUAUAUAUUUCUUUAUAUUGCGAAAUGUAUAUGGUGUAAAUUUAAAUGAUGCAGAGAAUAAAUUUUCUGUAAAAAUAAAAAAUAGAAACAAUGAGACUACAGAAAGAAAACAACUAAUUCGUAGCAAAAAUUUAUCACGUAAAAAAAGGGGCCAAACAAAUACCAGCUUUAUUAUAAAAAGUACCGAAGACAUCCAAAUGAAUUCUAAACAGGAUAAAAAUUUUAAUCAAAGUAAUUUUCGUAAUAAGCCUCAAACUAAUGAUGAUGUAAAAGAUCCAUUAGAACGUGACGAUACAGAAAGUAGUGGUAGUGAAAAUUUAUAUGAUAAUAAUGAUGAUAUAGAUAGUAAUGAAAAUUCAGACUAUUCAAGUGAAAGCACACCAGACGACCUGCUAAAUAUGGACGAUUUAUACAGUUAUGCCGAUGAAGAUUUAACACGUGAUGACAUUACAGAGAACGAAAGUGUUGAUGAUUUGUUUGAACACAGUAUUUCAUUACAUAAUAAUCUUGAUAAAAUGGAUGAUAAAAUGGAUGAUGAAGAUAUUGAUUCUUCUCUAACUGACGGUGCUAAAAAAAUAGAUAUCGAUGUUGUUAACGCACAUGAAAAUGGUGCUUACUUAAAAGAAAGUAAACAAAAUAGUGCUACUAAAAAAGGUGAUGAUAAAACAGCUUCAGAUGAAAAGCGUGAUAAUCGGAUAAUUUCUAAGCCAAAUAAAACAAUAAAAAAAGAUACUCCAGAAACCAAAGUGAAUUCUCUUAAUAAAUUAAGCAAUGGAAGUACACAUGCUAGUGAAAAUAAAAAGAGUAAUGUGCCUAAAUCUAGUGGAAACAAAACAAAAGGAAAAAACAAUACUAAUCAUAAAAAUAAAAUUGAUGAACAACCUAAUAAGGGAACUGAUAAAAUAGCCAAACAAAAUAAUGCCAAUAAUAUUGCAAACAAAGAUAUUUCCAAUAAACCAAACACACCAAAAGGAGCUAAAAAUAGUGUACCUGACAUAGAUGACUCAAAUAAAACUGAUAAAAUUGUAAAAGAGGAAACAAAACCAGUAGGAGAAACCAUAAACAUAAACAUUGCAUUGAACCCGGAGAUUGGAAAUGAAAAUAAAAAGUCGUUGGAAAAAAAGAAGGAAAAAAACCAUGCUGGCACUCGAAGUAUAAAUAAAAAAGGAAAGAUGUCACAAAAAAAAAACAAAAGUGCUAAGAAUGGUACUAAGAAUGGUAGUAAAAAUGGUAGUACGAAUAAUAAAUUGAGUGCAAAUUCAUUUGACAAUAAAGUUAAAACAGAUAAAAAUCACCAUAAAUUGGAAAACAAACCCCAUGCCCAAAAAAAUGGGAAGCACGAUAAAAAUGAAAAACAUAUGGCUAGUCAUUUGCCUGAUGAAGGUGAAAAUGAUGCCAACAAAAAUAAUAAUGACAUAUCAAUCUCUAUUGAGGUUCCAAAAGAAAUGGGUAAUAUCAAAAUUCCUAGUAACAUUGUAAAGCACAUUAAAAAGGGGAAUACGAUGGAUAUUGAAAGUUUUAUAAAUAUAAAUUCUAAAAAUGACAAUGGAAAUGAUCAGAUUGGAGAGAGUAGUGAAGAAGAGAGUGAUGAAGAAGAUGAAGAAGAUGACGAAGAAAAUAAAAGUGAUGAGACAAAGGGUGGUAUGAAUGGUCCAUUCGGUUCGAACACUAUGGAAGUAGCAAGUCUAAAUACAGAAAAUAAGUUAGUAGUUGAAAAAGAAAAAGAAGAUAAAAAUUUGGAGAAGUAUAGCCAUGAAAAUAAUGCAGAAGGUGUAGAAAAUGGUGAACAUCCUUUAAUUACACAAAAAAAAAAUAUAAUAAAAAAUUCUCGUAAAAUAUAUAAUUUAAAAUUAUAUAAUUGUUCCUAUAUAGAUGAUUGGGAUUUAAAUAAUGAAUAUAUUGAUGAAGAAGGAAAAUUAGUUAAAUUAAGUGGAUAUGUUUUUCAAAAUAUUGUAAAUUCAGACUCUAUGCCUACUACAAAUAUAACAGAUUGGAAAUUAAAAGGAUCGUGUGAUCAUGAUAAAUAUAUAUGUGGUGCUUUAAAAUAUAUGAAUAAUAUAUAUAAUAAAGGAGAAAGAGUUAUAUUUGAUGGGAAGAUAUAUGAAGCAACUAGUGAUGCAUAUGGCAAUCCUAAAGAAUUGGCAAAUGUAUGGAUCGACAAAACAAGUGAUUGUUACAAUUUUUGA